AUGGCUCAUAAAGACUCCCAGGCGGGGACGCCUAGGAGGAUCAAGCGUCUAUUGAAUCCGUUGAAAUGGUGGGAAGAUCUUGGUCUUGAUACUCGAAGCUUUCUCAUGAUGCUAAAGGGCGCCUUGGCACCCACCAUCACAAUUGCUAUAUAUCAAAGCGAUGCGAUCUCCAACAUGACCACCACGAUCGGCUACCUGUCAGCCUUGAUCUCGGUGCUCUCACAGGGAUUGAUGCCCCGGGCAAAGUUCAUGAAGAUCAUGUUCUUCGACUUGCUAUCUACUUGCGUCUCUGCUUCACUUUGCUGUCUAGCUGUCUUCUGUGCAGUCAAGGCGAGAGAACAUAAUACUCCCGCUGACGCAAGCGAUGCCGUGCGAAAUGGAUACAGUAGCGACGCCUGUGCGGUAGCUGCAGUCUGGCUUAUUGUCAUGAUUUGGGCGGCCAAUUCACUGCGGGCAUUGAAGCCGAUGGAACUGCAAGACCCAAUGGUCGCUUUCUCCAUUUUUGCUUCAGUAACCAUUACCCGUGCCGGCACAUUCAUUACCCUGUCAGAGGGACUAGAUUUCAUUUCAAGACUAUUGAAAGGUUUCAUGAUCGGAUUUGCGAUUGCUACUGGCGUGUCCCUUUUCAUUUUUCCUAUCACCAGCCGAGGAAAUGUUUUCCACGACAUCAAGGAGUAUGUUUCAUCUGUCGAAGGGGUGUUGGAAGCACAGAAAUCCUUCGCCGAAGGGAGCGCAGCAACUGGGUUGUUCUCGGGGAAUGGUUUCCUGCGCCGAGCACGCACCGCGAUGGACACUCGAGAUAUGCAAAGCGAGACCGACACGGAUCUACAAUGCAAACAAAAGCGGCUGCAGGCAGCAAUGAAUAAACUUAAUGGCCUCCACAGCAAGAUGCAUGCCGACCUUUUCUACUCCAAGGAGGAGAUUGCGUGGGGCAAGUUAUCUCCCGAAGACCUAAGUACGAUGGCUUCGCUUUUUCGAGGCGUGCUUCUUCCACUUGCUGGAAUGUCUAUGCUGCCAGAGAUUCUGGAGAGCAUAAUCAAGAAUGAAGGACCGCGUGAGGAUGGUGACGAAGCAGACAUCCUCAACGGGACAGGGGAGAAUGCGUUGAAACAAUCGGGGAUCCGAAAAGUGGUGGAGACCCAUCACGCGCGGCUUGUGGAUGCAACUGCGCUUGUCAAGAUAGGACUGGCCCAUUUUCUGCUGACCCUGGAGCUUAUUUCAGCUAAGCAUUUGGACAAGCAAAAAAAGACGCACCAGGUUGGAUCUCCCACCAGGGACGAGGAAGCAAGGGGCCAAAUCCUAAGUCCACUCCAAUCAGAUUUCGCCUCACGCUUUGAGCAGGAUCUGCGGAGGUACUACUCUCAGAGGAAGCACCUACCAGAAGCGCUAGCCUCACUAGAGGCAUUUACGACCUCUGAGAAAUCUACAGACCAGGCCGGACCUGGGUCAGCCCACCCCAUCUUUGCGGCUGACCAUGAUGUACGCCAGGAAUUUUUCCUCAUCCUGUAUAUGGGUCAUCUGCAGGAUGACCUGCUCAAUGCCACAUUGAAGCUGGUGAAAUUUGCCGACGGGAAGGUCGCUGAUGGAACGAUGAAACGGUCUCGUCUGAUUUUCCCAAGACAGGGGUCUCUCCGGGAGUGGUUCUCAUUACGCGGCAGUACUGAGAAAGAGAAGGAGAGCCCGUAUUCCAGUCGACAGUCAUCCCAUGUGGACCCCUCUAAUGUCCAUCGUGCAUCAAUAUUGACUGGUUUCCCAGACCCGGAACAUCUGCCACCGGAGAAUGUCUGGGAGCGAGGAAGUAUGGUUCUGCGGAGCAUCUCACAUGCUAUCAAGUCUGAACAGAGCAGCUUUGGCUUUCGAGUAUCAGCAGCUUCAUUUUCUGUUGGGAUUCUGGCCUAUUUACAUCAGACCCAAGACUUUUUCAUUCGCCAAAGAUGUAUUUGGGCGAUGAUUGUAAUCGUUAUCGGUAUGAGCCCGACAAGCGGUCAGACAAUGUUUGGUUUCGUUGCUCGGAUUAUUGCAACUGUAUUUGCUCUUGUUCUCAGUCUCAUUGUGUGGUACAUUGUGGAUGGCAAGACACCAGGAGUGAUUGUCUUUCUUUACAUCGCUAAUGUUAUCGCGUACUAUUUCUACGUUAAAAUGCCACAGUACUUUGGUCCAUCAGUCAUCGCCAUCGUUACAUUGAACGUGAUUGUUGGUUAUGAAUUGCAGGUUGCCAAAUUGGGAGUGAUUGCAGCCGAGGAAAAUGGCCAACCGUAUUACCCAAUCUACCUGUUUGGCCCCUACAAGCUCGCCGCUGUAGCAGCUGGCUGCGCGAUAUCCUUCUUCUGGGUCAUCUUCCCAUACCCGAUUACUGCAAAAUCGCAGCUGCGCAAGCUACUUGGCCGCAGUCUUUUCGUGCUCGCCAAGUUCUAUAGUGCCAUGCACUCAACAAUCGAGUUAUGGCUCGCAGGCGAACUGGGUCAUACUGAAGACAAGAACUCGCCUGCACACCAACUUCAAAAGUCGAGACGAAACAUAUUCAAGGAAGAGAUGAUGCUUCUCACUGGCCUGCGUAUGCACAGUCACUUUAGCACCUUCGAACCACCGAUUGGCGGAAAGUUCCCAAAGGAAACUUACGACAAUAUCAUUUCCGAAAUUCAACGCAUCCUGACAAGUAUGUCGUUGAUGGCAUACACGACACAAAACCUAGAUGCUCUGUCCAUGGAAUCAGAGAAUUCCGGGCAAGAGAGCGAUGGACCAUGGAUGGCGCAACUCGCAGAAAUUGCUUUAAAGUCUGCCGAUUUCAAUUCCCAUCAGAUCACAUCACUACUUUGUCACCUGUCAGCUGCUAUUACCAAUGCUCAGCCGUUGCCACCAUACCUAUCCACGCCGGAAAGUUUCCCACUUGCACGGCAAAUGCAAAAGAUUGAUGACAAGCUGCUCAACAUCUCACAUGUUGAGGACCCGUCGUUUUCAGCCUUUGUCGCUCUCGAAGUGCUGAGGUCUGUGGUGUCCUUUAGUUUGCAGGAUCUCCUUGAUAACAUGCGGAAACUCGUUGGCGAGCUCAGUUUCGACGUUUAUCCUCGGCAGAGUCUACGGCAUGAGGAGUCGGCGCAUUUGCUACAGAGACCGAGCGAGGAAGAGGUGCGCUGA